AUGGAUGAAAUUUUAAAUUAGAAUGAUCUUUAGACUAGAUUUAGCGAUUAUUAUUCUUAUGUUGAAACUUUAGGACAAGGAGCUUUUGGAAUAGUUGUAAAAGCAGUCAAUAAUAAUACUAAAGAAUUGGUAGCAGUAAAAGUAAAUAGCUCCACACAAUCUAUUUUUUAGAUCAUCUCAAAAGCAACCAUAAAAAGAUUUGAGGCUCUUGAAUAGGAAGCUGCUAUUUUUUCAUAAUUGAAUCAUUAAAACAUAGUCAAAUUUUAUGAUAUUAAAAGAACAGAUACUAAAAUUUUGAUAGAAAUGGAAAUAGUAAAUGGAGGGUCUUUAUAAAAGUUGAUGGAUUCAAAAAAAAAAUAGAAUUAAUGGUUUGAAGAAAAAGAAAUUAAAUAAAUUAUCUAAGGAAUUUUGAGAGCUCUAUCAUACAUACAUGAUAAUCAUUUUGUUCAUAGAGACUUAAAACCAGACAAUAUUCUUAUUGGAGAAGAAGCUGAUGUUAUUAAAAUUACUGAUUUUGGAUUGAGCUCUCAUCAUAAUCGAUAUGCUUUAAUGUAGAAAAAGUGUGGUACAAUAACAUACAUGGCUCCAGAAUUAUUGUUAAGGAAAGUUUACAAUAAAGUAAGAUAGUUAUUUAAUUAGAAUGUAGAUGUAUGGAGUGUAGGAGUUAUAAUGUAUCAAUUACUCAAUAAGGGUUUACAUCCAUAUUUUAUUAAUGGAUAAAAUCAAGAUUAAUUAAUUAAAAAUAUGGAAAAUAUGCAUAAUGAUAAUAAUUUUCAAAAUAUGGAUCGGUAUUUUAAGUUCAUUUAAUAUAGUUAAUAGAGAUCAUUGUUUCAAAGAAUGACUGAGUUUGACUCUACAAAAAGAUACAGUGUUUAUUAGGCUUUACUUCAUCCUUGGAUAAAUGAGAAAAGAUAGAUGAUUCCACAAAAUUUUACUGAAAUGUUUGAUCUAUGGCUUUUAAAAUAAAAGUCUAUCCUAUUUAUUUAGGUUUUGAUGUUUAUUUCAUAUUUGAAAAGCAAUAAUAAAAUAUCAAGGUAACAAUAUCUCUGCUGCCCUGAUAAUCAAUCUAAAUUAACAAAAACCGAUUUAAGUGAUGAGAAUCAAGAUUCUUCACCAUAUUAUUAAACAUCAAACUUAUUAAAUUUCUUAAAGAUAAAAUAAUAAAUUUAGAAAUCAAAAUAAAGUGAAUUUUCCUCUACAAAUGCUUCUCCUAUACUUCUUUAAAGUAUAGAAAGAUAAGAAAAUAGCAAUAAUGAUCUUUUAUUUUUACAUAGCUUGUUACCAGAUAUAAAAUCAGUAGAAAAAAACUAAAAAGUUCAAAUCAAGAGAAUAGAUAGUUCAUUGUCUAAAAAUACGAAAACAAGUAGUAGCAAUAGUCCAUUUAAAUCUAAUGCCAAUAAAUAGAUCAAAUUUUUACUUAAACCUUUACCUACCCAAAAUGAUUUUUAGAAAGAAACCUAAACUGUUGAUUUAUACAAAAUUUAGUAAUGAAGUUUAUAAUUUCAGGAAUAAAUAAUUUCGAUACAAACAGAGUGGAAUUCUUGACAAUGAAUCGUAAGGUUUUAGCCCUUUUCACACAAAAACAGUAUCUUUUCAUUAAAGCCGAACUACAAAAUACAGAACUGAAGUUUAACAUAGAUAAAAAAGAAUUCAGAGCACUAUCGAUCAAAAGAAAUAGUUAGAUAAUAACCAAAAUUACUUUAAAAAGAGAUGA